AUUCCAGAAGAAGGUGGAUAUCUGAUUGGGAAUUUGCAGCCAGCUCACAUGGACUUCAGGUUUUUCACACUUGGAAAUCUUUGGUCCAUUGUAUCGUCAUUGGGCACCCCAAGACAGAACCAGGCUACUUUAAAUCUGAUAGAAGCAAAAUGGGAUGAUCUUGUGGGCCAUAUGCCUCUUAAGAUAUGUUAUCCUGCCUUGGAUAAUGAAGAGUGGCGCAUAACUACUGGUUCUGACCCAAAGAAUACCCAUUGGUCAUAUCACAAUGGUGGAUCUUGGCCAACCCUUCUGUGGCAGUUCACGCUGGCAUGCAUCAAAAUGGGGAGGACUGAACUUGCCCAGAAAGCAGUUGCUUUGGCUGAGAAAAGACUGCCAGUUGAUUCUUGGCCUGAAUACUAUGAUACACGCACUGGAAAAUUUAUCGGAAAACAAGCCCGGAUGUAUCAAACAUGGACCAUAGCUGGUUUCCUUACAUCCAAGAUGCUUUUGAAAGAUCCUGAGACGGCAUCCAGGUUAUUCUGGGAGGAGGAUUAUGAGCUUCUAGACAUAUGUGUUUGUGGACUUAGCAAGAAUGGCAGGAAAAGGUGUUCCCGUGGUGCUGCCAGGGUUUGAAAGCUCUUUGUGUGGCCAAUUAGCUCAUGCUUUGGCCAUCAAGAUUGGUGUCCUAGGAUGAUCCAUAUAUGUUGACAAUGCACUCAUAGACAUGUAUGCCACUUGCUGCAAUGCCAUGGACUACACAAAAAUGGUUUUUGAGGAUAUCACAACCAAACUUAUGACUGUCGGACUACUUUGACCACUGGAUACACUCAGAGCAGACAUAUGCCAUGGUCUUAGAAUUUUCUGUCAAAUGUUUCUGGUAUGUUUUUUCUUAAUCCCUCUUGUCUUGCUUCAAAGCCAUAUCUAUUUUUACUUAAUUGUUUUAUUUAUUAGUGUUCUAAAUAGCACAGCACAAUUUCUUGUUGACAAACAGGAGGAAGGACCACCAAGUCCCUUUAGCUUCUCAAUCCCGCACUUCUGUCUUUAUUUGUUUCGGUUUUUAGGGUAAGUAUGGAGUUGAGUCCAACCUUCCUAUUAUGCAUUCCAUGCUACACAUAGUGUCAUUAUGUUUUCAGAGUCAAAACAAUUAUUAUCUGAAAUGACUCGGAAAGACAUCAUCGUCACAUUGAAUACUUUGAUAGCUGGAUUUAGAAAGUUUUAAUCAAGAUUGCUUCUCCUAUAGAUGCAUUUACUAACUUAGCAGUUCUAUCUUGUGGCCAACAGCUUCACAGUGUAAUAGUUCAUACAGGCCUUGAUAACAACUUGGAAAUAUCCAAUGCCCUAAUUUAUAUGUAUGCCAAGUGUGGAAAUACAGCUUAUUCACAAGAAAUAUUUAACAAAUGUUAUUCACAAAUCUGGUCUUUUGGACUUCAAUGGUGAAUGACCUCUGGGAUCAUGGAUAUGGUAGAAAAGCUGCUGAACUUUUCAAUGAAAUUGUAGGAUCAGGUACUAAACUAGAUAGGAUAUUGUUUAUCACAAUUGCUUGUGGCCAGGACUAGUGGGUGAAGGACUGAGAC